CCGAAACCAGAUGUUGAGCAAAUAGUUAAAGAUAUAAAUGAUCUGCAUAUAGACGAGCCAAAUGAGCGUGCAGGUGCUCCCUGCCAGUUGGACGUGCCAACAAAGAUUUACCCCGGAACGCAGCGGGUGCCAGCCGCUCUACUUGAAGCCGCACAGGGACAGCUAUUGGCAGCCGAAUGAGGACGGACUGCUGGAGGUGCCACGUGGUGCGAGCAUUGAGCUUUAUUGCAGUCGCGCCUUUGCGAAUGCUAGCAGCGAUGGUGCCAUAGAUGCCCGCCAGCGCUCCAUUUACGCGCGCUGCGAGCACGACAGAACCUUCGCUUGGUCUGGGGGCAAGCGUGAACUUGGUGACUUUAGCUGCACACAGCAGCUGAAGUAUGUGGCGGAGCGCAUGGAAGGGCGGACGUGUGGAGAUGCUGCUGUCAGCCCUGGGGCGCGUAUUUAUCGUGUGGGGUAUAACAUCAGCGAGUCGCGUUUCGUGCGCACCUUGGAGCUAUGUCACGAUGCCACCCAGUUGCGCACGCUCUACGCCAAUUACCAGCUGACGCCGGCGAAUGUGCACUUCCAGCAGCGGGUGAAGCGUGUCAAGUUCAGCGCCGCUGGCCACUUUGUGGGCUAUAACAUGGAGCGACUGUACGCGCAGCAAUACCAGGCGAAACGUGCCGCCCAGCUGCUGCAGCAGCCCGAGCUGGCGGCCAAACUGUUUGACAAAAAGAGGGGUCUUUUUUUGUCACGCGGACACCUGGCCACCAAGUCGGAUCUGAUUUAUGCCAGCCAGCAGCGCAGCAGCUUCACCUACCUGAACGCCAUGCCGCAAUGGCAGAGCUUGAAUGGCGGCAACUGGGCUACGCUAGAAACUAAAACUCGCUUGUUUGUGCAGAGCGAGAAGCUCACGGUGAAUGUCUAUACGGGCGCCUAUGGUGUCAUGCCACUAACGGAUGAGGCACAAACGAGCUUCUAUCUGCUGACAGAUGACAACAACAAAGCUGUGCUGCCCGUGCCGCGUCUCUUCUAUCGCGUGCUCAUUGAUACCAAGCAACCUAACCGUGGUCUCGCCAUUUUGGGCGUCAACAAUCCACACGCCACUCUGCAACAAAUUCUGGACUCGUAUGUGAUAUGUGAGCCACUGCAGCCAGAGCUGAUACCUUGGCUGCGCCCACUGCAAGAAACGGAUCUGAAAAAAGGCUACCUCUAUGCCUGUCGCGUAUCGGACUUGGCCAAAGUUGUCACGGAUUUGCCGGCCCAGUUGCGAGAGGUGCACGAGUUGCUAACUACUUCUCAAUAAGAUACAUAUAAAUUAUUUAUUUUAGUCUAAUUUAUUAU